AUGUACAGCGCGAUACGCUCUCCCUCUUCUCUUCUCCAGCGUCGGAUCAAUCUCUCUCCUUCGCCUUUCUCCUCCAAACGAACGGCGAUAAAACUCUUAAAACCUCAAAUCCCGCUCUUUUUUUCAAAUUACUCAGGGUUUUCUGAGAUGGCGGAUUCGCAGGCAAAGUCGUCGCAGAUGAGUCCCGGAGGAGGCGGCGGCGGAAGCCAUGAGAGUGGCGGAGACCAGAGCCCGAGGUCGUUGAAUGUUCGUGAGCAGGACAGGUUUCUUCCGAUCGCUAACAUAAGCCGUAUUAUGAAGAGAGGCCUACCCGCCAAUGGCAAGAUAGCUAAAGACGCCAAAGAGACGAUGCAGGAAUGCGUCUCUGAAUUCAUCAGCUUUAUAACCAGCGAAGCGAGUGAUAAGUGCCAAAGAGAGAAAAGGAAGACUAUUAAUGGAGAUGAUUUGCUUUGGGCAAUGACCACUUUAGGAUUCGAAGAUUACAUCGAGCCCCUGAAGGUUUACCUGAUGAGAUAUAGAGAGGGUGACAGUAAGGGAUCAGGAAAAGGUGGGGAAUCUAGUGCUAAGAGAGAUGGUCAAGCAAGCCAAGUGUCCCAAUUCCCACAGAUUGCUCACCAAGGCCCUUUCUCACAAGGUCCUUAUGGAAACUCUCAAGCUUCUUCGCAUAUGAUGGUUCAGAUGCCAAACACAGAGGGGCAAAAGUUUGACAAAGAGACCAAGAAAAGCGAGGUCGAGGCCGAUGGGCUUCGUCUGAUUGAUGUCGCUUCUGAGGACGAUAGCCUCCUCUUCUCCUCGUUUCUCGAUCCCACUAGCUACGAGUUUUCCGAGGCAGAUGCGGAUGAAAAACGUUUGAACGAUGACAAAGAUCAAAGUUUCUUGAAGGAUACAGAACACUGUGACGAAGAGACACUGGUCUCUUCAAUAGAAGAGAAGGAAGAGGUGCUUCAACCUCGUGAGUCGCCUGAACCGCAGAAGGUGAUUAAAAGUGGAAAGUAUAAUUUGCGCAAAAGUCUUGCCUGGGACAAUGCGUUUUUCACGAGUGCAGGUGUUUUGGAACCCGAAGAACUAUCCAGUAUGAUGGAAAGCGAUCAUAAGAGUGCAAGGAAAGGUUUACCGACCAUUGAAGAGGAUAUUAAUAGAUCAACAGAGUCCGUUUCUACAUUUCAAAGUGACUACACUGUCGACAACAGUCAGGAGCUUGUUCUGUUUGAAGAUGUUAGAGCGUCUAUUCAAAGGUCUGCUAACGCAUCUGAUGCUGCAACACCUGGAAAAACUAAUGAAGAUGGAGCAAUUAGCCCAACUUCAAGUACAGUGGACGUCCUUGCCACUCAGCAGAAGAUGAAACCCAAAGCAAGUCCUAAAAAGCUGAGUAUUAGAGCAAAAGGACUAGGGAAGGCAACAAAACAGCCUGUUGCUACAAGAGGUCUCAGUACAUCUAUUUCCAAGCCACCAAACGGACUCAGCAAAGUCAGGCUCUUGUCAACGACAUCAACGAACAAGGCAUCACUAGAUAUUAACAAAGCCAAACAAGAAAAGAAUUCGAAUUUAUCUGCGGGUAAAGAGCCUUUGGGUCCUAUAGUCUCCAUUUCGCGAAGUGCUAGACCCGCAUUGCUUAAACCUGGUGUGCAUAAGUCAACUUUACGUUCGCCAUCUGCCUCAAAGAAUGAAUUGACAUCUUCCUGCUCUUCACUAGAGAGCUGUGCCAGUGCUUCAUCUAGCGCUUCUCACAAAUCUUCUUUAGAUUCAAUAAAGAAGAAGAAUGAUUCAAGUUCCAGAUUAGCUUCCCAGCCAUUGGCAAAUAGAUUUACAUCUAGAGGUUCUAUGGGCCAGCCAAGAAUCCCACCCCACCCAACCAAUAAGACAUCCAAGUCCAAGCUUUCCUCUAGUCUACCAUCUGCUGGUUCUAACUGUUCAUCAAAGUCAUCACGAGCUUCUGCUACUAGCAAAAUGGCUACAAGUGACCAGAAAACUGCCUCUGCUGAAAAGGGUACUGCAAGUGAUAACACAGCACAGACGGCUGUGAAGCCUCUCAAGAGCUCUAAAGAUGUAUCCAUUGUUCAAGCCGAUGCUAAGGAAGGCUCGAAACGAGUUUCAGCUAUCAAUGGUGGUUUGGUUCCUCCAACUUCCACGAAGCCAUCAGGUCUCCGUGUGCCAUCACCAAAAAUCGGCUUCUUUGAUGGAGCAAGACAUGGAUCAUCUUCAUCCGCCAGUAAAAAGUCUGGAAAGUCUCCGAUACAAGAGUCGUCGAAUUCAAAAACUAAGCCAAGUUCAAGGCCUGUCUCCGCCUCGUCUCCAAAACUACAAAACAAAUUGUAUUCCAAAAUCAAUGCAGAGGAUCAACUUGAGGGGUGAUGAGAAUCAGAUGAUGCCUGAAGGAAUCAAUGGUUCUUGCUUUGUUCUCUUUUGCUCUAUUAGAUUCUUAUGUAACCCAUCCUUCAAAAAUGCACCAAAAAAUUAGUAAUGUUAUAGAUUGUUCGUCAUUAAACUUUAAAUCUAACGAGUUCUCGAGUACUGUGGAGUUUAAGAGGUAAUGAAAUAAUCUGG